AUGUGCUACGUGGGAAAAGCAACAAAGAUCUUCAUCUUCAUCGUCUCUGCGCUGCUUGUUACUGGUCUGAUCAUAGGAUUUGGUCUUUCACGCCACCACCGUAACAAUAACAACACCAAAUGCUCUGAUGAAUCUUGCGGUUCCUCUUCCGGGAAUUUCCCGACACCUAAUUUCAAUUUACCGACUCCUCCUUCUUUUACUCCAGAUAACCCCAUUUCUCCCCCUGCUCCUCCGGUACAAUCAGAAUCUCCACCUGUAACAAAUCCAACCCCUCCUCCGCCGCCUGACUCCAGCUCCAGCUCCUACCCUCCUCCUCCUCCGCCCGACUCUAACCCUAACACCCCUCCUCCACCGUCAAUUCAGUCUCCGCCUCCUCCUCCGGCGAGUGUAGCAGAGCCACCGACGAGAAGUACGCCGGGAUCGGCGCUAGUGAGUCCGGGUCCUGUACAUGCUAUUUUCUAG